UAAAUAAAGAAAUAAAUAUCUUAGGGUAUCAUCGGAAAUUAAUGAACCUAGUCCAUAAAUUGCUCUCACAUCUCAAAUCAAUCUAGCACUCAAUCAGUACACACAGUCAUUAUCGUAAAGGUCUCACAAACACUAAAACAUGGCGUCAAAGAUUCUGGUGAUCGGAGGGACUGGUCACAUCGGACAACUCAUUGUAGAAGCAAGCGUGAAAGCCCGGCACUCCACGUUGGCUCUUGUUAGAGAAGCAACUCUCUCCGAUCCCGUCAAGGGCAAAAUCGUCCAGAAAUUUAAAGAUCUCGGCGUCAAAAUACUUCACGGGGAGUUGAACGAUCACGAGAGCUUAGUGAAGGCCGUUAAACAGGCCGAUGUGGUUAUAUCAACCGUUGGGAGCAUGCAAAUCUUGGAUCAAACCAAGAUUGUUUCAGCCAUUAAAGAAGCCGGUAACGUCAAGAGAUUCUUGCCGUCUGAGUUUGGGAUGGACGUGGACAGGUCUAAUGCGGUUGAGCCAGCGAAGUCGCCUUUUGCAAGGAAACUACAGACCAGGAGAGCCGUUGAAGCGGAAGGAAUACCAUACACUUACAUUGUCACCAAUUACCUUUCCGGUUACUACUUGCCCACAUUGGUUCAGUUCGAGUUUAGUCUCACUUCUCCUCCUAGAGACAAAGUCAAAAUAUUUGGUGAUGGAAAUGCCAAAGCUGUGUUCAACAAGGAGGAAGAUAUUGCUGCUUAUACGAUCAAAACCGUGGAUGAUCCGAGGACUCUGAAUAAAACCCUCUACAUUAAUCCACCUAACAACACUUUAUCCAUGAAUGAAUUAGUCACCUUGUGGGAGAAAAAGAUCGGCAAGUCUCUUGAGAAGACUUACUUGUCAGAGGAACAAAUCUUUAAAAGCAUCCAAGAGUCUCCGGACCCCUUCAAUGUUCUUAUGUCUAUAAACCACGCUGUGUUUGUGAAGGGAGAUCAGACCAAUUUCACUAUAGAGCCUUCGUUCGGUUUUGAAGCUUCUGAGCUUUACCCUGAUGUCAAGUACACAAGUGUUGAUGAGUAUCUCAGUUAUUUUGUUUGAGGUACUUCAUAACUUACCACCAUGACGCUAGUUUUAUGUUUGUAUCAAUAAAAAUGAUUCUUGUGAUGUGUUGUCACAGUGCUUUACCACAAUAAUAUUAUUUCACAAAUUCAAAUAUCUUUGUAUGCA